CAUCCUCAUCCUAGACAUCUCUUCUCGAUCUCGAUAAUAUGGCUUUCACCCAGUUCUCGCGUACCUCUUGUCCUGCGUCCAUCUGGUUAAGCAGAUGUAGCAGAAGUACACUCCAAGAACCGAGCCACCUCUACUCACAUUUGGCCAUGCUCACGUUGAUCAUCCUUCUCAAUCCUCUCAUAGGCGCAUCCAACUCGCAGAGACAUGCUACUUGAUUCAGAUCUCGUCGAUAUCUUGCAUCUAACCCCCGCUCAUUUCUGACCCCCUCCUCAAGCCUCCCACUCAGUCUUGCAAUGAUGGUUCGAUCGUGCUGAACCACCCGUACUAUUAUUCAUCUCAUAUUGCCCAUGUCUCUCUCGCACCUUCAAUUAGCGCUGAAUACUAACACCACAGAUUACUGCCGCCACAGCAGCUAACGGCAUGCCUCUUCCACAGAUCACUGCCCCAACCAAAGGAGACAUCACGGAAACCCACGAACACCACCUGGAAAGCUGGUUUGCUCAAAUCGCUGACUAUCGCAAGUCGGUCCGCUCGUCCAUCGACUCGCAAGCAGCUUCGUAUGCUCAGCCUGAGUCUGUCCAUACAAAGGAAGGACCGUAUACAUACCAGCCGCUUAACCAGCACGUGGACGAAAUUCGUCUCGUUCGCAUACUCCCAAAUAUUGACCGCAGCAGACCUUUACAGUGUGAAAUUCAUCAUAGACCGCUCCAAAGCUCUGAACAUUUUGCGCUCUCGUACUGCUGGGGCAAGGGACCGCCAACGAACGCCAUCAUUCUUGAUGGCCAUCGCUUCUCCGUAUCUGACAACCUUUAUUCGGCAAUGCUGGAGCUUCGUCAUCCAGAACAGGCCAUAAAUGUGUGGAUCGACGCCAUUUGCAUGAAUCAAGACGAUUUGGAAGAGAGAAGCAGAGAAGUACUACGGAUGCGCAGCAUUUAUGCCGCAGCUCAGCUGGUUGUCAUCUGGCUAGGGCAGGAAGAGUUUGACACCAAACGGGCCUUUGAUCAUUUAAAGGCACUUUCAAAACGACAUAGGUAUAUCAAGUCUAUGCCUCCAGUCACAUGGACCAGUCUUGCAAUAAGAAUGGCGCGACUUCCUCUCACUCUAGCAUAUGCCUCGUGCCAUGUCGCAGCAGAGUCUCCUCUCGCUGCUGGUUUCGCGUUAUACUACACCUUCUCACUGCUGACCGAAGCUUCUUCCAACUGGACAGGGACUAGGAUAUUCCAAUGGCUCGUCAGACUAGGUUCCAUUGUCGCGUUAUACAAGAUCUUGAGGAGGUGGAUAACAACGACACUCGCAGAAGACGAUCGCAUCCCAAAAGUCGACGUGUCCAUCAACGACAUCGCUGCUCUACGAGACUUCUUCGAAUGCGCAUGGUUCGACCGGACAUGGAUUAUUCAAGAGCUGGCCGUUGCCCGACGAGCAAGAUUCGUCCGCGGCACCCAGGGCAUAGACAGCGAAUCCAUCACAAGCGCAUGCGCCGAGAUACGACGCAACAUAGCAAAUAGCAGAGAUAGUCCUUACAUGCACACCAAGUAUCAACGCUUCACCCACCUUGGCCGCUUUCAAGACAUCCGGCACCACGAACACGGACCAAUCUUCCAACGCUGGGGUCGAUACCAACAAAGCUUGUUGUAUCUGCUCAGCGCCUUCUCGCCCAUGGACUCAACCGACCCUCGCGACAAGGUAUACGGCCUCCUAGGCCUAUCCCAAGAAGACCGUCCCGGCACUCCAAACCCUACCCGCGUCGUCCCAGACUACACACGUCCCGUCGUCGACAUCUACACCGACGUCGCCCGCUCCCUCAUCCAGCGCACCCACACCCUCGACAUCCUCUCCGCCUGUCUCGGCUCCGGCAGCGUCUCCGGCCUCCCAUCUUGGGUCCCAGACUGGACAGCCCCAAUCCACCGUCCCAUCCACGUCCUGAACCAAAACUCCCCUCCCUACACCAUCCCACUCCACACCCCACCCUACUCCUUCCCCAGCCCAACCCGCCUCCUCGUCCAAGGCUUCGUCCUCGGCACAAUCUCCAAAGAACACACCGCCCUCCGCGCCCUCCAACUCCCCUCACCCUACACCCCCCACCUUCCCCCCAUCACCACCCUCACCACAAACACCCUCUUCUUCCUCCUCCUCCACUACACCUCCCGUCUCCUCCCCUACAUCGCCCUCCUCCCCGGCCUCACCUCACUACUCCGCCGCGCCGCCACCGCCGCCACCCCACUCGGCCUCGCCCACCUCUUCACAUUCGCCUCCGACGUCCACGCCAGCCUCCUCGACAGCGGCACAGAAUACAUCUUCCCCAAAUCAUGGGCCGCUCUACAGGCUACAUACACCGCCCCGCUGCACCCGCACCACACACUCGUGAGUAGAGGCUUCGCCGUAGAUGUUGCGUCUGGUCUGAGCGUAGUGCCCGGGCUAUGUACGAGCUAUGCGGCUGAUGUCUCAGCGGGCGAUUUGCUGGUCAUGUUGCUUGGUGCGAAACAGCCGUGUAUUGUGCGGGAGGUGGAGAUGGGGUCUGAUGCUGGGGGUGGUGAUUGGGGGCGUUGUUAUGUGUUUGUUGGGCCGGCUGAGUGUGGGGGUUUCUGGAUGCAUGCCGUUGCGUGGAGGAAGGUCCGGGAGGCCUUUGCGCUGGGUCGGAUCCGGGUGCUUGACUUUGAGUUGUGUUGAGGGUGAGUAUAGGUAGGUGUGUGCGUUAGGUAGGGUGGGUAGAUGGAGGGCGGCACAAGACGCAUUCGACGACGAGACGAGAGGG